CUGUGUGGUGGCACUUAAGCUCGUUAGGAACAAGCACCGAGAUCAGGAGAGCUAGAUUCUGGCAGGAUGGCUCAGCUUACAGCUCGUGCUGGUGCUCGAUGGCCGAGGCCAUCUCCUGGGCCGCCUGGCUGCCAUCGUGGCCAAGCAAGUGCUGCUGGGCCGGAAGGUAGUGGUCGUCCGGUGUGAAGGCAUCAACAUUUCUGGAAAUUUCUACAGAAAUAAGUUGAAGUACCUAGCCUUCCUUCGGAAGCGGAUGAACACUAACCCCUGCCGGGGCCCCUACCACUUCCGGGCCCCCAGCCGCAUGUUUUGGCGGACAGUAAGAGGCAUGCUGCCCCACAAGACCAAACGAGGCCAGGCUGCCUUGGACCGGCUCAAAGUGUUCGAUGGAAUCCCGCCCCCCUAUGACAAGAAAAAGCGGAUGGUGGUACCAGCUGCUCUGAAGGUGGUUCGCCUGAAGCCCACCCGGAAGUUUGCCUAUCUGGGACGCCUGGCUCAUGAGGUUGGCUGGAAAUACCAGGCAGUGACAGCCACUCUUGAGGAGAAGAGGAAGGAGAAGGCCAAGAUGCAUUACCGCAAGAAAAAGCAGCUCAUGAGGCUACGGAAACAAGCCGAAAAGAAUGUGGAAAAGAAGAUCACAAAGUUCACAGAUGUCCUCAAGGCCCACGGACUCCUGGUCUGAGUGCAAUAAACUUGACUAUUGCUUCU